AUGACAACGGACUCUAAAGCUAUUCGCCGUUAUCAUGCGGGUGUUGAACGAGCACUUGGUCUAUUUGACGCGACCAAUGAGUGGGCGGACUACAUUGCGUUCCUGAGUCGUCUAGCAAAGGCAUUGCAAGCAUCACCGCCUGAUGCCGAUGUCCCUUUCAAGCCGACUCUGGCCAAAUACCUGGCACUCUGUCUCAAGCCAUCUCUCCCUUCUGGAGUACAUCAAAAGGCACUCGAGGUCUACCAUCUCGUCUUCACUUUAUUAGGCAAAGAUGGCCUGUCCCGCGAUCUAUCUAUUUGGCUUCCUGGUGUCUCUCAUACUCUCACAUUUGCUUCGUUGAGCACAAGACCCUUGUUCCUCUCCCUCUACGAUGAACACAUCUUACAGUUGUCGAGCAAUGUGAUCAGACCAGCAUUAAGGGCCAUUAUCUUGUCCAUGCUGCCUGGCAUUGAAGAGGAGAACGGUGAGGACUUUGACCGCACACUGAACACAUUCAACCAACUUCGACAGAACUUCGCAGAGGACGAUUCCGAAGAAUUCUUUUGGCAGAACCUGUUCUUAGCCUCCAUCACAAGCGUUAGUAAACGACCAGGCGCGCUGGUCUAUUUAACCCGCCAGCUUCCACGGUUAGGACCCCGCCAAAGUCUACCGACUGGUCAAGAUGGGGAGGUGACAGACCAAUCCGAGGCCAUGGGCCAGGCAAUAAAAGUCGUGACCACCCCUGAACCGGGACUACUCGUCCGCUGUUUUGCGACCGGUCUGCAAGAUGACCAACCGUUGGUCCAACGUGGAUUUCUUGACCUGUUGGUUUCCCAUCUUCCAUUAAACGCGCCGAUUCUCCAAACCCAUGUCUCACCAAGUGACCUAGAUGUUCUCGUCACUUCAGCGAUGUCGGUUGUCCUAAGGAGGGACAUGAGUCUGAACCGACGUUUGUGGACGUGGUUCAUCGGCCGGGAGGACAAGAGAGAGGGUUCAGCUGACAUGACACCUGGCUCAGCCAUUGAACCAACAAUGCCCACCUCACAGGGCCACCGGGGUGAAACAACAAACAGGCAUGAUUAUUUCGCCACAUACGGCCUCAAAUCUGUGAUCCGAAGUCUUGAGAGAAUGCUCAGCAAUAAGUCAUUGUCCCCUGUCGAUCGGGCGCGUCCUUUCCGUAUCAUGCUUUCGUUGAUGGAUCGUUGGAUCAUUGGAAAAUUACCGGUGGAAGUCUUGUUCAUUCCCGCCAUGCAAAACUUGCAACGAUACCAGACGACGGCUCCCUCACAGGCAUCCUUCGACGAGGUUUUCCGAAGUGCCAAUGUAUUCUUUGACGCCAUUGAACCCCAAUUGAUUACAAGCCAGCUGUUCCGGCUCCUUGAAAGGAGGGACUUGAAUCUCAUUGACUUCAUUCUGUCCAAUUUCAAUCUGCAAGAGGAAGAAAUGACGGUAAUUCAUUUGCCUGUGUUAUGUCUAGCGACCUCUGAGAUGCUUCUGGAGAAGCAAAGCUCUCGUUCGAAUGAGCUCGUCCAAAAUGGAAAUGACGCCUUCGAAGAACGACUGUCAAAGCUCUUGGAGGGCUUGCUCAGUUUAUUGCCCGCCCAACCCAGCGGCGACUCAUCUGAGCCAUGGGAAGAUGUUCCUAAGGAGGCUUGGAUGGGAAAACUUAAAGAGAUCUAUGAAACUUCUUCUCCGGUGAAAAGGAAUCAGGCCAAUGCCAUAUCUCCUGGCGCGGCGUCCCAAUUUCUGCUCAGGAAUAUUGUCUUAAUCAUUCUUGAUUGUCUCGGUCAUCCAAAUCACCAAAGUCUACUCGACUCAUUGACAAAUGCCCUCACCAAAGCCAUGUCCAGGAUCAGCACAUUCCAAACACUACGAGAGUUAGACGUUGGCAAACAAGUCUACGCAGCGCUCGAUAUCAAACUUGCAGACACGGCCGCCAAGUACGAGAGGACCAGGACUGUGGCCAGGAUAGUGGAUACCCUUCACGCUUUCGAUCCUAGCAUGAAAGUCCUGACAGAGCAUGAUUUGUUCUGUCUAAUUCCUAAACUCGUCUCCCAAUUUUGGGAAGUUCUCCUUCCGUCUACUCCACAAUUCCACGUCGAGGCCGUUGAACAGCUUUGGAAUCUUCGAAUAGUAUCAAGCCACCUUCUCCUGGUGGACAGCAAGAUUAUGGAAUUGAUCUGCGAAACUUCAUCCUCGCCAGGGUCUCUUGGCGAAGCGAUCGCCAGAUUUUCAACGCUAUGGACGCAUACUCGAUUUCCAGAGGUCAACGUGGAACUCUUCUCAUCCGUACAACGACUUGACGAUGACGACGUACCCUGGGCUAUGCUACGGCAACCGGUGCUAAGUCUUAUUGACGGACUGGAGCCCUCUGAACCGGCAGACCCGCGGCGAGUGUGGCUAAGCAGUCUACCAUCAAUACGACCAGUAUUCCGGAUUGCCUACGUCGAAUCUACUGCGGCGUCCAAUAUUCAGCUCUCUUUACUCGGUCUGCAUCGACUCCAUAAGGUCGUAUCCAUUGCGCGGCAAUCCAAUGUGCAGAGGAACGAGUUUUUCGGCCCCGAGGGAUUUUCGGGAAUGAUGUUGGAUAUGUGUACCGAAAUUAUUUCGUCUGAACGGAGUGAGGAAGAGUCAAUGAAGAUGGCAUUAUCCAUUGUGCGGCUGGUGCUGGAAGAGGCCGAUAUUCGAGGACGUCACGCUUUGAUAGAGCUUCUGAUUUAUCAGUUGACGAAGGUUCCCGAGGACGGCUCGUUGCAGGAGAACAUUCUUGACACCUUGCAAGCAAUAUUUGCGAGGUCAAAUUCUGGACCUCCACCUGACGAGCUCUUAGGCCUCUUGAUAUCCGGCAUCUCGUCAAAGGCCGUCGACUCCACCAUCGACAAAUGGAUCACACUUCUUUGCAACACCAUACCCUUGUACUCUACUCAAAAUCUGUUUGCAAACAUGCUUAGACUCACGGCUUGUCUUUGUCAGCGGAUAAAGGCCUAUUUUGAGCUUAUGCAGGUAUUAUACGAAAAGCCCAAGCCGGUGACUCAAGUCAAUGGUGAGAAGAAUAUUCCAUUGGCUAAGAACCCGGAAAGAUCAAUCAACAACCUCCUUGCAGGCCUAGACUAUAUCUUGGCUCGGGCGCAUACCCAUCUGGCAGAUCAGACAUCAGGAUCUGAACCGUCGACGUCGAAUCCGGCGGAAAUAUCUCCAGCUCGCUCAGUAGCCAACAACCGACUUACCGUUAUAUUAUGCAUGCAGGACACAAUCAAACUUUGUGGUGAAAUCUGGGCAUGGAGGAUUCUCAAGAGACCAUCAAAUGCCGGGCCACAUGGAAAGUCUUUCGCAUACAUAUCGUCUAGGUUGCGCACCAAGUCUCGGCGGAUCUUGGAGCAUUUGGCUGAUGCCGAGCCGCAAGAAUGUCUCGAGACUUUGAUGGGAAUGUGGGUUGAUGCAGUUCGUCGAAACUCCGAGCAAGACGCCACAUUGAAUUUGAUGCAAAGCCUCGAUGGGGCACGACCGAAGUUCAUGAUGCCUGCCACGUUCAAUGCCAUUUAUAAUCGCACGAAUCCGUCAGCUCUGGACCACUCUCAAAGAUCAAGCCUGUCCGUGGAUGUCGGUGCGUUCGAACUGAUGGUAUUUUUGAUCGCAUACACCAAGGCUCUGGAGGACGAUCUGCUGGAAGAAAUUUGGACGGACUGCACGGCAUUCUUACGAGAAGUCCUUGCAAAUCCCAUGCCACAUCGCCAAAUUUUGCUCAAGCUCCUUGAAUUCGUGGCCGUCAUGUGUCAAAAAAUGGAAAAUACCAAUUUUGGGGAUGUUUCGAAGAUGCGACGUGAGCUGGGUGAUUUGUGUGCCCGACUGUUCACGGCCAUAUUUACGAUCAGACCGGCCGGACUUGAUUCGACCUCUUCCCGAGUCCCAGAGACGGCGACCGGCCAUCGAAAAAACGGACUGCAGGCUGGCAAUGCCAUUCAUGUCCUCUGCGACACGCUGCCGAUCAUCGGUAAUGCUCUAGGAGACCUUGAUAGGCUCAACGCGACCCUUUCGGGAAUAACCCUGCAUAUCACCGGACCAGCGCUACGGUCGAAACAAUUCCCGCAGGCAGUCAGCAUUGACAUUUUGCGCCUGGUCCAUCUCAUGGCCAAAUCCCAGCCAAACAACAAGGUCUGGAAAAAGGAUGUUCUAGAGGCAUUCAACGACGGGAAAUUCUUCCAGACACCCACCCCGCUGGCCGAAGAAGGCUGGCUCCCCCUCUUACAACAAGUAUGGCUCGCCGACAAAGGAUUGAUGGCAGAACUACUAUCGAGGUUGAACCCUCCCACUACCGCCGGGUUGAUGUUUGGAGUGGGAGCGACAGCAGCCCGAACAGAAACUGAUCGGAAGACACAACUCACCCUGAGGCGAAUCGCUCUACUCCUCGUCGCUGGCGAUAUCGACGCAUUUGUUUCCGACUUGGGCCAGAUAAUGCAUCGCCUAGAAGAGCUCCUCACAGCCACAGCCUCGUCUUCGCCUUCCUCGAGCACCCGAGGGGACAUUUAUCUCCUUCUUCGGGCAAUAGCGCUGGCGUUUUCGGAGACUCACUUGGUGUCGAUAUGGCCCAUCGUCGAGGUGGAACUCCGCGAGCUUCUCACCAGCAUGCAGAAGGGUGGAGAGCCGACAUUUACGAGUUAUUCACAAUUGCAAGGCGCCAAGAUGCUGGAUCUCCUUCUUCUGUUGAAACCCGAAGAAUUCCAACUGCACGAAUGGUUGUUUGUGACGGACACUGUCGAUGCCAUCCAUCCACCCUCAGAUUAUCAGUCAGCAGCGAUAGCGGAUCGGAUGGUGUCCAAGGGAGCGAAGGAAGUUGAGCUUCCAUCCGUGGCAGACCAUGAAGCUCGCAAACCGUGGCUGUGUACCGAAUUGACUCGUAGCACAGAGGACCCUCAGGCACUUCUCCGGCCGUUCUUCCGGCAGCUGAGUAUCCAUGCCUUUGAAGACACGUACAGCCUUCAAGGCGUGGAUCUGGAGGCAUGUCGAAAGGAUCUUCUCGCAGACUUAUUUAUAGAUUGA